AAACCCUUCUUCUAAAGAAUCAAACAUGCGUUUGAUCUAUGGAAUCCUCCGUUCUUACGAAAAUUCAAUAGUUAUGAUGAGUCUUGAUCAGAAAACUCUUAAGAGAAGCCCCGAGACCAAGAGAAUGGAUCCGAGUAACAACAAGAAGAGAAGAACCUCGGAGAAGAAGACGUCCGAGAAAGUUAAGAUUUGUGUUGGAAGAGAACAAGAAGGAACUUCUCAACUUGAUGAUAGUUUUUGCUGGAGAAAAUAUGGUCAGAAAGAUUUUCACGGAUCCAAGAACCCUAGAGGAUAUUAUAGAUGUACACAUCGAUUCACACGAGGGUGUUUAGCGGUGAAGCAAGUACAAAAAUCAGAUGCAGACUCUUCGUGUUACGAAGUCAAGUACUUAGAGAGUCACACAUGUAACGGCAAUUUACUAUCAACCACCAAACACUCUAUUUCUUUGUUUAAAGAAGAAGAACGAAACAGAGUACCUAAGUUACAUCAUGUUAGAGAGCAAUCAGAAGACCAUGUGAAAUCUGAAGAAUUAAUGUUAAGUCUCGAUGACUUGGAAAACAAGAAGGAGAUUUUCAAAACGUUUUCAUUUUCAAAUCCCGAGACUGAGAAUACUACUGGCUGGAAAAAUCUGAUGGAGAAUUUUUCUCCUACAACAACAUCAGAAUCUGGAAUCACCAACGAGUUGAUAUAUGCGUCUUCUGCUUCUGUUGCAAAUUCACCCACCGAGGAUUCGUGUUUCUCUUCUUUGAAAAAUAUUCUCGAUUUAAGUUAUGAUUGGUCUUUGAUGUAA